CCUUCCAACAAACCUUGCCUACCUGGCUUUCCCCCUCCCCCAUUUCACCCGAAACCUUCGCCUACGUUCCCCUUCCUCCUCCUCCCAUGCCCGAAACCCGGUUUGGCCACGACUGGAGCUAGCCUGGAACGUAGCCACGGGAUUGUGGCGUACAAAGAUCUCCGAAGCUCUCGUAUAUUUCCCAUUUACACUCCGCUCCUAGCUGAGUAACCCACCCUCGUCUUUCUUUUCCUUUCUCUCGCCCCCAUUCGCGAGCUUCAGCUGCUCUAAAUCAAUCCACCUUCUAAUGGGAUUUACUGAACCCGGGAAUUAAGACAAUACUGAGGUGAAACGGGAUUUAAGAUCCUGGAGGAUUUAUAAAGUUGUAAUUUUGCUGUUUGACAGGAUUUAGGUUAAAUCCUGCUACCAAGAUUGAGAUAUCGUAACUUAACUGGGUGGUCAUUGCCGGAGGUGGCAUAUCUUUGAGAAUGCAGGGGAAAUUCUACUCUGCUCCUGUUCCACCACAGCUAUCUGAUUCAAGACGGAGAAUGAAUGAAGCAUCUGGGCAGAAGAAGAGAGUUUAUCAAGUCUGGAAGGGCAGCAAUAGAUUCUUCCUUGGUGGAAGGCUCAUAUUUGGUCCAGAUGUGUGGUCUAUGGUAUUGACAAUAUUUCUAAUUAUAGUUCCAGUGCUUCUGUUUGCAGUGUUUGUUUCAGAAAGGCUGGCUAAUGAAUUCCAGCAUCAUUUUGGGGAACUGAUAGUGGGCAUACCAGUUGGCUUUGCAUUCUAUGACAUUGUUCUUCUUUUCCUGACAUCUAGCCGAGAUCCAGGUAUCAUUCCUCGUAACACACGUCCUCCAGAACCAGAAGAUGACAAUAUUUCAAAUUUGUCGUGGACUGGAAGCCAUGGCGGGCUCUCAAGUGUACCUCCUUUUAAAGAUAUUAUCAUUAAUGGCGUUCUAGUCAGGAUCAAAUAUUGUCAAACCUGCAUGCUGUAUCGGCCUCCACGGUGUUCUCAUUGCUCGAUUUGCAAUAACUGUGUUGAGCGCUUCGAUCAUCACUGUCCUUGGGUGGGGCAGUGUAUAGGAAAGAGGAAUUAUCGCUUCUUCGUUAUGUUUGUUGCUUCAACAACAAUCCUAUGUCUCUAUGUCCUUACUUUUUGCUGUGUUAGCCUCAAGAAGUUCAUGGUUGCUUAUGAGUGUGAUUUAUGGGAGGCACUUAAGAAGUCACCAAUUUCUGGCAUACUCGUAAUAUACACAUUUGUAGUUUUUUGGUUUGUUGGAGGGUUGACAGUCUUCCACAUGUACUUGAUUUGCACCAAUCAGACUACUUACGAAAAUUUUCGCUAUCGCUAUGAUGGUAAGAUGAAUCCAUAUAAUCAAGGAUGUGCCCAAAAUUUCAAGGAAGUUUUCUUCUCUUCAAUUCCCACAUCGAAGAACGAUUUCCGAGCAAAGAUUAAGGAGGAUAUAAAUGUAUUGUCAGCUUCCUUACCCAAACGACAAGCUAUCAUCCCUGAUAAUACUAAAAACAAUUUUGAUAUAGAGUUAGGUGGGAAGCGACCAGCUUUAGGUGCCGAGGAAUUUGAAGAUGUACAAAGCCAGAUAAGUACUCUUACUGCAUUGGAGAGAUCUGACACACAGACCCUGCAUGCAAGCUGGGGUAGUCACAAGGGCAACUGGGAAAUAGCAUCUGAUAUAGACGGUUUAACUGGUGAGUUUGGAAUGGAACUUGGAUUUACAGAGACAGAAAAUGUUUGAAAAUCUGAAAAGAAGUGUAGGAUUGAGCCUGAAAUCUCAACGUCAAUUUAUACUAUGGGUGUUAAUUUUAGAAUUGUUCAGCAUUCUUCUUACUUUGGAUUAGCCAUCAUCCGACAAGUAAUCCAAUUGGCACAAGAGAAUGUGGGCUAUUUUGUGAGGCACCUUUGCUUGGUGGUUUUUUUUUUUACAAAUGUCUAUUCAAAGGUUUGCAAAUGUCUAUAAUGUGUGGUUGUGCAGCGUUUGUUCAAAAAGCUGGUUCUUUUUCUAGCCAUUCUUGUUGACUGACCGAUCAAUAAUCUAGCAACUUGGAAAUAGCCUUUAACGGUGAGUUUUCUUUUCCCCCUUAAAUGCACUCCAAUUUGUUGCAUGAUCAAUUUAACUU